AUGCGUAUGCAGAGAGAGAUUCCCCAUCGAGUUUCAGAUGCCUUUGUAUUGAUGUAUUCUUUGGAAGACCGGCGUUCCUUGUGUAGCAUUGCCCAGGUAGUCCGACGGAUACGGAAUAAACACAAGUCUAACUCUCCAAUAUUCCUUGUUGCUAAUAAGAUGGAUCUGGUCAGGAACGACUCCGUAGCACAAGGAGAUGGAAAAUUCUUAGCAAGAGAAUACGGAUGUAAAUAUUUGGAAACCUCGCUUUUAGAGAAGACUGACCUGGAUACAUUACUUGUCGCUAUCACAAAACAACUUUUUGUGAAGGAUGCAAUUUAA